CGGUCUCCCGGGCAACCAAGGAGUGACAACAAACGGGAGAUGAGACUAAGUUAAGAAAAACAACGGACAGCAACACGCCUAAAUGACUUCGACGAUACCUAAACACACAACACCUUAUGUUUUGACAAGGUAACAUGUAGAUUAAGUGUAAAACAAGAACAAGAUGUAGAACAAGUUUUAGAGUUCAAAUAAAUAGUUUGACGAAACUCCCUAACGUUACAUUUUACCGUCAUGAGCGAGUGUGUCCGGGUGGCGGUGCGUGUCCGCCCCCUGCUUCCCAAAGAAGUCCUCCACAACCACCAGGUGUGUAUACGGGUGGUGCCGGGCUCCGCUCAGGUAAUGCUCGGCUCCGACCGACUCUUCUCCUUCGACCACGCGUUUGGACCUACAGCCAGCCAGGAUGAGGUGUACGAGUCCUGCGUCCAGCCGCUGCUGGAGGCCCUACUCGACGGAUACAACGCCACCGUCUUCUGCUAUGGACAGACCGGGUCAGGGAAGACGUACACGCUGGGAGAGGGGAACCUGGAUAAGGAGGGUGGUAUUAUCGACCGAGUUGCCCAGGAUGUGUUCUUGUUGCUGGGGGAGAAGAAGAGCAGCAGUGAUGUCGCAGAGGCAACAGUGCGAGUCUCAUAUAUGGAGCUGUACAGAGAAGAGCUGCGAGACCUGCUGGAGCCCCACACCAUUCACAAAGAGCUUCACAUCAGAGAGGAUGACAGGGGGAACACAGUGGUGGUGGGAGCCAAAGAGAUGGUCGUCACCUCAGCAGAAGAGCUACUCAGCGUUCUAGAGACGGGCAAUGCCCUGCGCCACACCGGCACCACAGGAAUGAAUGAGCAUUCCAGUCGUUCUCACGCCAUCCUCACCCUUCAGCUCACUCAGUGUAGCCACAACAACUCCUCCUUAAACUCGGUCCGCUCCUCUAAACUCUGUCUGGUUGAUCUAGCGGGCUCGGAGCGUGCUGGAAAAACUGGCAACACAGGGACACGGCUCAAAGAGUCUGUUCAUAUCAACACAGGCCUGCUCGCGUUGGGCAAUGUCAUCCGCGCCCUUUCUGACCCUGUUCGCAAUCGCCGUGGGAACAACUGCAACAGUGCACACAUACCAUACCGUGAUGCCAAAAUCACCCGCAUACUCCGUGAUUCAUUGGGAGGCACCGCUCAUACACUGAUGGUGGCAUGUGUAAGCCCCUCCCACCACAGCGUAGCUGAGACUCUGAGUGUCCUGCAGUUUGCAUCCAAGGCUCGUCACAUUCGCAACCGUCCUAGAGCAGAAUCUUGUCAUGCAGAGGUUAAAUCGUGUCCUACAAUGUGGGACCCCGGUGAAGCUCGACUAGGGGAGCUGGAAUAUGAAGUACAGACACUGAGAGAGAUACUGAAAGAGAGGGAGAGAGAGAUGGAGAUGGAAAGGGAGAAGACAGGGGGAAGAGUUGGAGAGGAGGACAGUGAGAUUCAGAUGUCUGAGCCAGAUAAAAAGGUGAACCAAGAGGAAUCGUCACAAUACCGUCUCUUGGUACAGGAAGCUGCAGCUCUACUUGCGGAUAUCUGUUGCCCCACUCCAAGUCAUUCUUUCAGAGAGCGACUGCAGGAUUGGCAGGAGAGACUCAAAGCUGUCAACCACUCACAUAAAACUGAUGAUGAGGACUGUUCAGAGGAGAAACCCCACCAUGUCACCAUAUUACAGCUCAGACAAGAACUCAAGAAAUGCCAGGAAGCUCUCACCAUAGAGGAGCAACUAUUGGAGCAGAAAGAUGCAGAAGUGAGACAGGUGGUAAAAGAAGUACAGAAACUUCUCCAAGAGAGGAAAACCCACCUCCAAGCCUUAGAAGGAGAAAAGGAACGUACUCGUAUACAGACCGAACAACUGGUAGACCAGCAGAUCCUGAUUGAUCGUCUGCGCAGCGACCUCAUGACCUUUAGGGGUGCAACCUCAGGGGCAACAGUGGAGUCAGGGGCUUCUGGGAACUCAGACAAGAGACCUCAGAGUGUCCCUCUAAUCAGACACAGCUGUGGACACAGGCCUCCCAGGAAGAUCCACUCCAGUCCCCCAGCCUAUUCACUGGAGAGGGUGAUGGCAGCCUUUAAGAUGCGCAGUCACCUCCUGCUGGCUGAGAUUGAGGAGAAGGAUGAAGUGUACUGUCCAUUCAUAAAAGAACAGACUAAGAGCAAAGACAGGGAUCAAGAGAAGGAGGAGGAUGAUUAUGACUUUGUGGGCAGAAUGGGAUUUAGGCGUUCUUUGAACCGUACGUGGACCAGUCGGCAGAAGAAAUCAGCUCUGAAAGAAAAAAACACUGAACUGGACCAGACAUCUAAUGGAAUCCAAUCAGUACAACAAGACCAGCAAGCCACAGGGACCAAAGAACACCAUGCCAAGCAAUGCCAUAUGAGGAAGGCAAGACAAAGUGUCAGUGUCACUCAGAGAAGGAUCCAAGCGCUUUCAGUCAACAUACGCAUGAAAGAGGAGCUCAUCAAAGAGCUUGAUAAAACUGACAAGGAGACCCAAGCAGUGGGUAGACAUGGCAGGCACAGCAGUGACAGCAGAGAGGUCUGCGUGUUGGCAAGACUGUCCAUGCAGAGCCAGCAGUACCGAACGGAGCUGUACAGCAGCCUGCAGCACAUGAGAGAACAGAGAGCACAGCUCCAGACCAGCCUCAGGCAGGAGAGAGAGACCAGUGACAAGAACAAAGAAUUUGACCAUGACGAGGAGCUAAGGGCAGAAAAUUUUACUGUGUGCAAAAGUAAACUCCAGGAAGAGUCAAAGGAAAAGGCACGUGACAGUUGUUGGCUGGAGGAUGAGGAGGAGCAGGUGCUGCAGAGGAGAGCAGAGCUGCGGGAGCUAGAGGAGGAGCUGAGGAGGAGAGAAGAAGUGCUCUUGCACAGGGAGGCCUGUCUGCAACAGAAAAACAAACUGGAGAUCAGGAAGCUACGUUCCAGUCAGGCUUUGAGUCAGAACCUGUUGCGUGUAUCUGUACGGUUGGAGUCUCUGGAGGAGCAGCUGCAGAGCAGACGGACAGGAGGAGUCACCAUAGAGGAACUGCAGAAGGAGAGAGACAUGCUUAAAAAGAAGAGAGACACUCUGGAUGCACAGCUGAAGGACAACAGAGUGCUCACUAUGGAGGAGGAGUAUUCCCUGCUCCAGUUAGAAGAAGCCAUUGAAGCUCUGGAUGCAGCUCUGGAGUUUAAAAACCACUCCAUCCAGGACAAACAGACAAAGCUGUCAAUCACAGACUCCCCUUCAUGUCAGUCGCAAAGCACUGAGCCCGCCCACCUCUGUAACGUCAUAAGCAAACUGAAGCAGCUCUCACCACCUGAGGCCUCGGAGCUGCUUGUCAAAUAUUUCAACAAGGUUGUUUGUCUUCAGGAGGCUGAGCGUCGUUUGCGUUUGCGUUGUGAAGAGCUAGAGCUUCAUGCUGGAGAGCAAGAGGUGGUGCUGAGGGAGAUGGAGGCCGCCAUGCAACGCCUGGCCUUGGAUGCAGACCGCAGGCUCACCCAGCAGCACCAAGAUCAUCAGAAUAACAUCCAGCUACUACUGCAGAAACUUAAAGACAGCAGCUCAGGAGAUGCACAGCACACCAUCCAAGACAGACUGCAGAAUCUGGAGAAAGAUCUGUUUUUCUACAAGAGUUCUAGCCGCCUGCUCAAAAAGAAACUCAAAGAGCUUCUUGGCAACGCCGUACACCCUGCCGAUCAGCCCUCACACACAAAAGAACACACACAGACACACAGUACGCAGAUACACACAAGUACAAACAAACCCCAGAUGCAAAAUGAAGAGGUACAGACAAGGACACACAUUGCAACAACAUACACAAAGAUACACGCUGAGAAAAAAGACAAAAAGACACACAAUGAUGCUCAUGUGGAGAGACGUGCACACCAAACCCUGUGUCCCUCCUCAUCUUCUGACCUCCAAGUACACAAUAAGACUAAAAUGCCUGCAUAUACCCAGAUACACACACUCACACAGUCCCAGGGAAAGAAUGAAAGAGAGGCUGGUCAGUGUGGGGAAAGUUUAGAGAUGACACCUGUCCGUCUUUGUCGCAGAGAGCUCAGACAGAUCUCACCAGCUAAUCUGCAGGUAUGUGGUUCUGUCACAGGGAGGCGCCAGUCUGUUGUGGAUACCAGCACAGAGUCAAUAUUAGAGGACUCUAUAGAAUUAGCCAGAAACACUGACAGAUGAUGCAUCAUUUUUUCAUCUAUUCAGUGGUUUUACAUAGACCACAGUACCUAAGUGUCACUUGGCAGCAGCAGUGUCUGUAGCAGCUUCCAGUUGGAUACUGGCAAACAAAGGAAAAUGUGUGUCGUGAAUAACUGAUGACAAAAACAAAAUGGUAAUUAACUAAACACAUGUUCGUCUCAACUUUAGUAACUUGUGAAAAUGUUAAUGUAUCAUUUGUAGGGAAAAUAUUUAGUUUCUGUCAGUUAAUUUAAGGACUUUAUGGAGCUUUGAGAUCAGUGAGAAUUACCCACACACACCUUAAAGUGCUGACACAGAAACAAAAUAAUGGCCAAUAUUCACAAUAUGAUAAAGAAUAAGAUGAAUGUGUUUUAGAUUAACAGUUUUUGUUCUCAGUUUUUCUUUAUAAAUACACAAUUGUCCUCUGUUAAGCAUGUCCAUGCCACUCUCAAUGUAAUACCACACUAGUGAAACCUGAGGAGAAGACGGUGUCUUCUUGAUGGACUGAGAUGUCUGUUAAUGUUGAGAUGUUUUAAGAGUUUUCAGUGUCACAGAACUGUCCUCCUGUGUAUCCCUCUUGCUCUGAGGUCACAGGAGUUUUGCCAUUCAAUAAGAGGAGAAACUCAGAGAAAGGAAUAUGUCGUCAUGGCAACAGUAAGACCCUGAUAAGUGACAUGUGCCUAGAAAUAAAUGUCCAAUAACUUAGUAGUAUUUUUUACACUGAAAAUAGCGUAAAACCUUCUGUUUUGCAGAGAUAGUUUUCUGUCUCAGCUCCCACCACACCCAACAUCAACGCUGCCCAUUCCAUGUUUUGUUCCCCUAAAUUAAUUUGAGGAUCUUUCAAGUUCUUGUUCUUACAUAAAGACGUCGUUGAUCACUCACCAUAUGGUUAUCACCAACUAGAAGUUGUAUUUUAUCCACAACUUUAUUUGCCUGUACACAACCAUAGAAAAUCAUCCCUUUUACAAAUACUACUAGUUUAAAAGAUAAGUUAAGGGAAAACAUGUUCAUCAAUCUGUUGUUAAAUGGAAUCAAAUAGUGCCUUGUGAGGAGAAGUGCUUUGUCUUUCACCUUCAAUUUCCAGCACUGUCUAGCACUUAAAAUGGUCAGUAGAUACAGUAAGCACUACAACAGUAAUGUAAAGCUAGGUAGUUUGUCUUCUUGAUACAGACUUUUUAUAUCAGUGUGCACUAUUAGAUAUACUGUAAGUUGAUUGUUGUGUAAUUAUUUUUUGAUAUGUGUGGCUCUUAUUACAGUUAAAUAAAUUAAACAUACAAGUA